AUGCUCCUCGGUUUGGUCCGCCCGACCAAUCGGAUUCGGCGUCUGAGUUCUACGGAAACCGGGAUGGACCCUUCGUGGCGGCAGCAGGACUCUCCCCUGCUGACCAUAACGCAUUGCGCAGGGCGCACCAUCACCACCUGGUCCUCCUGCGGCUUUAACGUCUCUGACAUGGAAAAACCAUUGCAGUUUCAGCCGGGCUUUUGCCCCGAGCAGCAGCAGCAGCACGGCCAGGACAAACACAGUCUUUUCCAGCAGCCACAGCAGCAGCAGCAGAGCCCAUGCCUCCAGUGCAACAACUGCACCUAUUAUGGGGCCGCUGCGGCAGCAGCAGCAGCAGAGGAUAACCUACCUUUGCUGCUCCGCACUUCUCCCUUUUCGGGCGCCUUCAGGACUCACUCCUCCACGCUCUCCGUUUCCGCCUCCUCCCGGCAGGGCAGCCAGUUGAACGUCAGCGAGCUCACUCCCUCCAGCCACACCGGCUCGUCCAGGCAGCCCCAAUACCAACAGUGCCAUAGCCUGCAGCAGCAGGCAGCCAGUCCCAGCAGCAGUGUCAGCAGCGGCAGCACCCACCAUCACCACGACCAGCUGCGUCGGGAGAGCAAUCCCUUCGCCGAAAUAGCCGUGAGCAGCUGCAGGUACAACGGCGGCAUCAUGCGGCCACUCAGCAACCUGAGUUCAUCCGGCAGGAACCUGCACGAGCUAGACUCUGAGUUUCAGUCUCUCCAGCCACCCCUCGCCAGUCCCAUAGCCGCUGUCCCAGCGAUCAUGAUCUCCAAGCUUGAGCACAACAACUCCAACAACCUGACUCUCUGCGGCUCCGGCGGCAUGAACAACGGCGGGGGAAAAUCCGGCAAGAAGAAGAACCAGAACAUCGGCUACAAGCUGGGGCACCGCCGGGCGCUCUUCGAGAAGCGCAAGCGCCUCAGCGACUACGCGCUCAUCUUCGGCAUGUUCGGCAUCGUAGUAAUGGUGAUCGAGACAGAGCUGUCCUGGGGCGCCUACACGAAGGAGUCUCUAUAUUCCCUCGCUCUAAAAUGUCUCAUUAGCCUCUCCACGAUUAUCCUGCUUGGCCUCAUUAUUGUAUACCAUGCAAGGGAAAUUCAGUUAUUCAUGGUGGACAAUGGAGCAGAUGACUGGAGAAUAGCCAUGACUUAUGAGCGUAUUUUCUUUAUCUGCUUGGAACUACUUGUAUGUGCUAUACAUCCCAUACCUGGGAACUAUACAUUCACAUGGACAGCCCGGCUUGCCUUUUCUUACACGCCAUCCACGACAACAGCUGAUGUGGAUAUUAUUUUAUCUAUACCAAUGUUCUUAAGGCUAUAUCUUAUUGCCAGAGUUAUGCUUUUGCAUAGCAAACUUUUCACUGAUGCAUCAUCUAGAAGCAUUGGAGCGUUAAAUAAGAUAAACUUCAAUACCCGUUUUGUUAUGAAGACUUUAAUGACAAUAUGUCCAGGAACUGUACUGUUGGUUUUUAGUAUCUCAUUAUGGAUAAUUGCUGCGUGGACUGUCCGAGCUUGUGAAAGGUACCAUGACCAGCAGGACCUUACGAGCAACUUCCUUGGGGCAAUGUGGCUGAUUUCAAUAACAUUUCUGUCCAUUGGAUAUGGUGACAUGGUACCUAAUACAUACUGUGGGAAAGGAGUCUGUUUACUCACUGGAAUCAUGCAUUUCGUCCAAGUUAGAUUAAGAAGUGUAAAAAUGGAACAAAGGAAACUGAAUGAUCAAGCCAACACUUUGGUGGACCUGGCAAAGACUCAAAACAUCAUGUAUGACAUGAUUUCUGACUUAAAUGAAAGAAGCGAAGAUUUUGAGAAGAGAAUUAUUUCUCUGGAAACUAAACUGGAAACUUUAAUUAGUAGCAUUCAAGCUCUCCCUGGACUGAUUAGCCAGACAAGCAGCCAACAACAGAGGGAUCUCCUCGAGGCUCAGAUACAAAAUUAUAAACACGUUGCCUACAGUGCUGAGCGAUCAUGGUCUUUGCCAAGAAGAAGGAGAUCCUCCUCCACAGUACCACCAAAAUCAUCAGAGAGUAGCUAG